CCAUGACGGCUCUGCAGGGCCUGGUGCUCACUGUGUUUCAGCAGGAGCGCAGUGGAACCGUCAUCGCGCUUCCUUUGACCGGAUCUAUUGAUCAGGAUGGAUUUUACAUCGUUGGAAAUGUUACUGGAGCAGAUCAGACUUUCCCCGAGGGCUCCACAGUGCCAGUACGAGGAGCAGUAGUUCUGUGCUAUGACCUGUUCAGUGUCUGUAGAGCCGGCACUGCUCUGACCAACUCCAGUCUCAGAGACGUACUGGUGUUUAGUGACAACCAACAGCUGCUGUCCUCUCUGUCCACCACCAGAGGGAGACAAGUGAUUCCAGCUCUCAGGUCGGUGGAAGAUGGUCCUGUCUCACUCAGCCGUUGUUCAUGCUGUGAAGUGAGGAGCCCCUCCUCCUGGACAAGCUCUUCCCCUACGCCCCACAGCACCAACGUCUGCCCGAGCUCCGCCUUCUCAAGUCAAAUUGACCUGUGCCUCGGACCCCUAUCCAAUGACUGGCAGGAGGGGUCAGCAGACUGCAGUGGUCUAAUCCAGGGGAAAAGGGUCGCUGACGUGGCCAACUACCUGGAGCAGAAGUGUCACUGUGGUAUAUCUGCCUUAUAUCUCCAAGGGGCUAACUUCUCUUGCGUGUCCGGGUGGCUGCGAGUGUGGGGGAACAUCCAGGCACUGUCGGACCAUCAGAAGGCCCUCAUCAUCCAGACAUCCCACAUGAACACUCCACCUGCUCAGGGAGACGUCUGCUCCGCUCCUACCACUGACCGUUACACCAGCACAGCAUCUGCCCUGGGGCUACAGAUAGGUCUCAUAGUAGCAGUGUUGCUGCUGCUGGGACUAGGAGCUGCUCUGUUCACAUAUUUCUACAGGAGGAGGCGUCCUCUGGACUAUUACACCAUGGAGCUGAGUGAACACGCGGAGGGACUGUCAGAUCUAUAAUCCAGGCUUCAAAUUACUAUGUUUGCAUCUGUAAGUGCUCGUGUGCGUGGGAGGACUUCAGCAGAGAGAGAGAAAGAGAGACGGGGGUAAUCAGAGGUUAAUUUGACCUGUACUUCACUGAUUAUGUGGUUGCUUUGAAAUGAAUGUCACCACAAGUGUCCUUCUUCGUGUCUUCAAAAGAUCACUGAUGAAAAUGAGUCGUAGUUGUCUGUUAACAGUGCUGUUGCAUCUGGCUUGUGAGAUUACAUGGCCCCAAUGACACUUGAAGACAUGAAAUCAGGCAGCCUGUGAGGGGAUGUGAAAUUUCACAUCCAGGUAAAAUCAUAUUUUUCUAAAGGUCGUACAACCUUUGCCUGUGAACAGUGCUGGUUACUACUUUUUAAAGGAAAAGGAACAUGAAAGGGACGAUUUUUAUAAUACUUGACAUAAAAGUAAAGUCCUAAACAGAAUUUUUGUUGACUUGCUUAUGUAACUGUGGGAAAAGCCUUUUUAAAUUUGAAAAGAAAAAUGUUUUUUUCAUUUAUGCAGGAAUUUAUCUCAAUUUAAUGACAUUUGCUUCAUCACAUUCUCAACUGGCACUGCAGUGUUUUAAUAACAGGCUUUAUAAUCAAGAUAAUAUUUGUCAAGCUUACAUUUAUUCAUCAAAAUGGUCAACUUCCUGCUUUGUUUUCCUGCUACUUGCUGUAAUAGUCAAGUUUAGACUCUAGUCACUCAAAGGGCUUGAUUGAUUUUUUUUUUUUUUUUUUUUUUUUUUUUAAAUGUGAAUGUCUUUAGCUAACUUGUGAUGAGCGUCUGUAACCACUUUUGUAUGCUUACUGUACGUAAAGCAAACUGUUUACAUUUUCCUGAUUGAAAUGUAGAAAAAGAUGUGAGAGACUGAUGUUGAAGACAAAGUCAUUCUUAAAUGAAGAGUAUUUGUUUCUAGAAAUGAGAGGUCGCUUAAUGUUGAUACUGUUUUAUGUUUCAUUUGUGUUUUUUUUUAGUGGCUCUGAAACUUCUGCUGUGCCUUGACGUAUGUGUGCGUGUUUUCUUGGUCAGCUGAUUCCUCGUUUGUUAGAGGGAAAGUACAGCCAUGUCCGCUGCAGCCAUAAGUGUAAAUACUAUGAAUAUGAUGUUGGUUUUCUCAGGGGAGGGGGCAUUUAUCACCAAUCCGAAGUGAUAACUUAUUGUAGAAACACAGAAACUAGGUGGGUUCAAAGCAAAAAUGAAGAUAGUUUCUAAAUUGAAGUGUAAUUUAAAGUAAAUCAUGAAUUUGCCAACACAAAAGUGCCAUGAAAUAAGCAUAUACGUAUACUUGGAUAUGCUCCCUGUAAUAUAAGCUUACUCAUCUAAUGAGGUGCACAGAGUUCAGUUUGUUUGCUUUAAUUACCUUGAUAAUCCUCUGAUCUAAUUUCACAGUAGCCUAUUGCCAUUUCUUAAGACAUCA